AUGACACAAACGACAACGCGUCCCCUCUGGACGCUCGUCCUCAACAUCAGCAAGCAUCAAGCUCCUAACAUCAAGCACACUCGCCCACUGCGCUCAAACGCCAUCAACCCCAACACCAACAUCACCAUUAACACAGCGCGCCUCUUCUCACAAAGCAUCGCAUCUCGUCAACACCAAUCCCCCGUCAGCAACAGAAUCCUCGCCCCGUUCCGCACACCCUCACAAUUCCAGGACGCACUCCGCCUCUGCUCGGCGAACAACACGCUACUGCUAACACUCUUCACGACCUCAGCAUGCACGCCGUGUCGCGUAAUCACGCCGUUACUGACGUCAUUGAUCGAGACGCGCCCAUCCGCGCCCAGCGACAAGUACGCGGCGCUGGCGUUCGCGGAGCUGGAGCUCGACAGUCCGGACGCAAGCGGCGGGGGCGGAUUUGGGACGAUGAUGGAUCUCGGCGUCGAGUACGGCGUCACCAGCAUGCCGACGUUGAUGGGCUUCGGGGGCCGCAGGGCCGAGAGGGUCACCGAGCGCCUGGUCGAUACCAGGAUGUUGUGUGAUGAGCGGCGCAUGGCGAGCUGGGUCGAUGAGCAGAUGGGCAAGGGGGAUCCGUUCUCGACUAGCGCUGCUUCUGGCGGCGGUGGUGAGGGCGCUGGGAAGGGGGGUCUGUUGAGUCGGAUUUUUGGCUGA